UCUCUCUCUCUCCGUAUAUACACCCAAACCACACUCCCUCUGUCCAUUGCCACGUUCAAUCUCAAAAUGGAAGCAAUGAACAGAAGCUCCUCCUCCACUGCGUCUUCCUCCGACUCUUCCUCUUCCGACUCCAAUCAGAGGAAUCCCAACAAACCCGACCGAAUCAAAGGCCCGUGGAGCGCCGAAGAGGAUCGGAUCCUCACCCGACUCGUCGAGCGAUACGGACCCAGAAACUGGUCCUUGAUCAGCCGCUACAUAAAGGGCAGGUCCGGCAAGUCCUGCCGGCUACGGUGGUGCAACCAGCUCAGCCCCACCGUGGAGCACCGUCCCUUCUCAGCGCAAGAGGACGAGACCAUCAUAGCGGCGCAUGCACAGUACGGUAACCGGUGGGCCACCAUUGCCCGGUUACUACCGGGUCGAACCGAUAACGCCGUGAAGAACCAUUGGAACUCCACGCUCAAGCGCAGACCCAAGGGUGGCUCUCUUAUUGUAAAUCCCAACGACGGAGGCGCUUCUUCUUCUACUCCUUGCCCCUUGGAAGACGACCCGUUGACCGCGUUGACUCUGGCUCCCCCCGGGGUUCGUAACGGUGGUGUGGUCGAGGAGGCCGUGGCCGACCACCGACCCUCGCCGGAGAAUGUGCCGACGGGGUUUUGGGAUAUGAUGAGAGAUGUGAUUGCGAGGGAAGUGAGGGAAUAUGUGUCGUCUAAUUUUUCUGACAACUCGGGUUUUCAUUGAAUGAAUUAUAAUCAUAAUCGUUUUUAUGUUUUGUUGUUUUUCAAGUAAACUAUUCUGCACUUCGAUAUUGCCUUGCUUAGGUUCAGAAUCGUUUCGGGGAAUCAAACUCUUGUGCUGUUAAUAACAAAUUUCUUUUUCUGUUUUAUUUUUCUUGCGAACCAUCGUUUUCUAUUAGCUCUUUUUUCUUUCCUUUUUUUUUUAAGGAAACACAAAUCCGUCGGGGGAAAAACAUGACGUAUUCGCUUGCCAAUUACUUACUGAGUGGAAUGUUUGAAGAUGAAUGUUGAUUUUGGCAGGUGGAAAGUUGUGACCUGCCUGGGUGAUAAUAUCAUCUUUGAGAAAACGCAAUUUAAUAGAAACCCCAAACCCUACUCCUUAAAAUUAUUUUAUGCUUUAUUUUAUUUUCAAAUUUUGAUUAAGCUUUAGUAUUUUUGUUAUCAGACCAGACCUGCAAAGGUUUUGAGAAGAAUCUAUCCCUACAGAAAUGUUUGAAGGAAUUGAGACAU